AUGGCUGAUAAACUUCAUGAGUACCAGGGGUUAACAGGAAGGUUUCAUAAUGCACGGGACCGAUACAAAGAUAGAUGGUCAACAUGGAAGGAGCAACAUCCUAGGGGAGUCAAGGGUAUCUUAGCGGAGACCUUGUUUGGUAUCCCUAAUUCAGAAGAGCCUUCUGGACGAGUAUGGCAGGAUAGCGAAUAUAGUGAUAUAUUUAGGAGGAAAAGCCGCGUCGAGUUAAUGCGUAUUUCUGCCGCCGUAAUGGGCAUAGAAUUCUCAUACGCCGGCGAAACCGCUUUCGUGUCUCCGACGUUACUACAGAUUGGGGUACCGCAUGAAGAAAUGACAUUAGUAUGGGCUCUGUCACCGUUGAUAGGGUUCUUCAUGACUCCACUACUGGGUUCAUUGAGUGACAGAUGUCGUUCGAAGUUUGGGAGACGCAGGCCGUUUAUAGUUUUACUAUCGUUGGGCGUUUUUCUAGGUUUAAUUCUAGUGCCUAACGGAGAGUCAAUAGGCUACCUGUUAGGCGACGAGUAUUCAUCGAAUUCGACUACAACGCCCGCCGUGCUAGGACCCCGCAGUUCACUGGAAACUCCAGAAAAGAACUAUCAUCCCUGGGGCGUAGUGUUCACAGUUUUAGGAACUGUGUUCUUGGAUUUCGACGCAGACGCCUGUCAGAGUCCAGCCCGGGCUUAUCUCCUCGACGUGACAGUACCAGAGGAUCAUGCAAAAGGACUAAGUACUUUUACGGUGAUGGCCGGCCUGGGAGGUUUUAUGGGAUACGCACUCGGAGGCAUCAACUGGGACGAAACUAAACUAGGCGAAAUAUUAGGGGGUCACGUUAGAGCGGUGUUUUCACUGAUCACUGCUAUAUUCGUGGCGUGCGUCACCGCAACGGUGACCAGCUUCAAAGAGAUACCGCUCGACAAGCUAAACGAACAAGAUGAAUUUAGGAAAAUGGCUGAAAACGAGCGUGCUCAAGAAAGUUUCGAUGAGGAACAGGCUCUCGAUAAAAUUAAGAAAGAUAAUUCUAGUUAUGGAACAGUUGGCCAGUCUGAAUCUGCAGAGGCCGGGAACACAAUCAGCAUAUCGGACAGCCCACACGGCGCAGAGCCUCUCUCUUUGGGGCAUUAUCUCAAGUCGAUUGUGGUGAUGCCGGGCUCCCUUCGCAUCGUUUGCCUCACUAAUCUCUUCUGCUGGAUGGCACACGUUUGCUAUUCAUUAUACUUCACCGACUUCGUUGGCGAAUCCGUCUUUGGAGGGAAUCCAGCGGCGCCAGUUGGAAGUGAAGACCGCAUCAACUACGAGGCAGGUGUAAGAUUUGGGUGUUGGGGAAUGGCGAUGUAUUCUCUAUCCUGUGCGUGUUAUUCUACAGUCAUCGAAAGGCUUAUCAAGAAACUUGGCGCCAAGAAGGUAUAUGUCGGCGGUCUAUGUACGUAUAGUUGCGGGAUGCUGAUGCUUUGCGUACUGCGGGAUCCUGCUUCAGUACUUCUAUUCAGUUGGACUGCGGGCGUCAUGUAUUCUACGCUGUUCACGAUGCCAUAUCUACUGGUCGCACAUUACCACGCCACGGGGAUGUGGGAUAGCUCCGGUGGAGGUUGCGGACAGGAACGCGGUAUUGGCACAGAUGUGGCUGUAGUGAGCAGUUGUGUGUUCGUAGCGCAAAUGUUGGUCUCCAUACUCAUGGGACUGGCUUUGAAGGCCACAGGAUCCACUGCAGCGGUAGUAGCAGUUGCGGCAACUUUAGCCGCCCUUGCUGCAUUCACGGCCACGAAAAUUACCUACUUAGAUCUGUGAAAUGGCGAAGAAUCGCGCGGA